ACCUGCCUCGCAAGAGAGUUUGAUCCCUGGUACCAAAACAAAAAAAAAGGAAGAAGAAGAAGAAGACCUGUCAAAUUUUGUGACUGUUCUUGAAGCAUCUUCAACCCUCGAGCCUCCCAGCCCGCAUCCUCACUGCCAAGGGAUGAACUGGCAUCCUCCCCCACUCCCACUGGAGAUGGAACCCAGGCCCCUUCUUGACAGUGCUGGCCGAGGCCUCCACCACUGAGACAUCCUCAGCCCACAUUCUGUUUUCUUGGGCAAAUUUAAACUCCCAGAAGAGAACUACCGAAGGCUCCACGUCACCUUUUCCCUGCCCCCGGCGUGUGUGCCUGUGGAGUCUGCUAUUCCUGUUAUUACGGUGAGCUGAUGACUACCCCACUUCUGCAGGCCACUGAGGCCCUGUCCCCAGAAGCUGAAGAAGCCAGCACAGCACUCAUUGCAGUUGUUAUCACCGUGGUCUUCCUCACCCUGCUCUCGGUCGUGAUCUUGAUCUUCUUUUACCUGUACAAGAACAAAGGCAGCUACGUCACCUAUGAACCUCCAGAAGGCGAGCCCAGCGCCAUCCUCCAGAUGGAGAGUGACUCGGCCAAGGGCAGAGAGAAAGAGGAGUAUUUCAUCUAAUGAUUGCCAGGCCCCAAGGAGCAAAGUCCUGGCUCCAGUGCUAACACAGUGACUUGUUUAAUUUAUUAGCUGAAAUUAUCUGAAGUCAGUGAGUGACACUGAAGUGGGUGAAUCCAAGCUCCUUCCAGGACACAGGCCCAAAUGCCAGCAUCACUGACUCCAGGGACCAGAAGCUGCUUAUGAUGUCUGCAGGCCUUUGGAAUGGAAGUGGGGUCUGUGACUAGCUAACAAGGUGCAACUUUAUUAGGGAACAUUUGAGUAUGUGCCUUAUGGGAGAAAGAAUGAGGGUCACUGGCUACUGCUCCACUCUGCUCCCUUUGCGGUCACUCAGUUGUAGGCCCAGAAGGAAAUAUCCAUAGUUAUUCCCAGAGACUAGUUACCACAGUAAAAGGCCCAACCCAAGGGAUAGAAGACUCUGGGAUCUUAUCUCCUAACAAAUGUGCUAUAUCCCUUAGUCUGAGUCUUUCCUUCCUAUUUUCCCCAACCUCACACUUGUGCUAUUAACACAGAUUAAAACUUUUUCAUUGAUGUAGGAAUCAGAUUUUCAUGUGCAACAAGUAACUAUCCUCUUUGACUUGUCUUGCUUAAACUUUCACAUUUUGUUUUUUGUUUCGUAACGGGGAUUGAACUUGGGUCCUUGAGCUUGCAAGGCAGGCCACCGAACUGCUGAGCUAAAUCCCUGGCCCGACAUUUUGUUAAUUUAACUUUGUGUAUGUUCUCUCCCAAGUAGUUAAGAGCCUAGGGAAGCUCCAUUAUUUCUCAGAACUCUCAGCAGUUUGAGACAAAGCUGGGUCAGAAAGCUGCCCCUUGAAGAGCCUCAUUAGAAACAUCCUGGGAGAUGAGUUUGGUCAGCCUGCAUCCUAGCGAGGGCCACAAUUUCCCAGAUCCCAUAUGUGCACACACAGGGAGCCCAGAAAAGUCUGCUUCCCCCAUCAGUGUCCUCAGAAUCAAUCCAAGAAGUGCCUAGGAUUUAACUUAGUCCCAAAGGAAGGAAUAUUUAAAGGCCCAAUACUUCCAUAUAAACUGUUAGCUCCUCAGAUAGUUUACUUUGGAAUUAAGCUAGUCUUCCUUUGAGGUCUUAAUGUAUUGUCUCCAUUUUUCCAGUUCAAGCCCACCCAAGGUAAAAUCCAAGAGCUGGAGAAUUCUAGUUUUCAGUAUUUCCCACAGAACUUUGGAGAAACUUAACUGAAGGCCUCCCAGAUGUAUACAGAUUGAUAUACUAUUUCUCAAUCCAAACUUUAGAGCAAGUGAAGGGAACCAAUUGUUUCCUUAUUUCUAAGUUUAAAUUCUGAAUUCCAGAAUCUGACUUUAGGUAGUAAAGUGAAGAAAUGUGUUGCAUCUAAAGUGGAACUCAUGAAAAUAGUCGAUAUUGCCCUUGUACUCCAUUUAUUUCAAAGCCUUCAUUAAAGAAAACAGAAGAGCAGUAAUACCUGGCUGAGUUCUAGAUGGAUUAAAAACAAAGACAAAAGCAAAGAAAUCUAAAAACAAGCUAAGUAAAGAAUCCUUGGAAUGAGGUGUAAUGCAACUUCAUCACUUUAUUCAAAUCUUCAAAAUAGUCUUUAUUCUACAUUUUUAGUAUAAAAAAUCCACAAGUUAAGUGCACCACAGUGUAGAGAGAGACAUACAACGCUGAACUUCCAUAACAGUCAAUGGUACAGUCAAACAUCACAUGUACAGAACACAAAAUUUAGAUGAACUGAAAUUAUAAAAUAAAAUAUCCAAUUUCAGAAACAAAAGUCAAAAUAUUAAGGAUCCCUGAAAUAUUCUUAACCCUAAUGAGAUUCCACUGGACUCAAGUCAUUUUAUAGUGAAGCAUUCACCAGAUGACCCUAUCACCCAGUUUAGGAAUUCUUGGGAGCCAUGAGUGGCUACAUCAGACACUCUGUCAAAAAAAUGGUAACUGGUUUUUGAUCUGAAAAACUCCCCUUAAUUUGGCUCUGAAGUCAAGCUUUUGAAAUGCAUCCUCUUCCUUGUCCCUCAUAUUCUGAACAGACUCUUUUUUGCACUGAUACCCUUUGUUGUAACUAAGCUCAGUUUUUCUGGCACCAAAGCAAAUUUGGGUUAGGUUUGUGUGUGCAGAGACAACCUGUGAGGUGGGUCCAAAAGGCACCCUCUACUUUUGCCUGAGGAGAUAUAAAAGCAGGCAUAACGGGGCCUGUGCUUGGGGCACAUGGGAGUUUCAGAGGAUCCUUACAACAGACAAGUUAAAGGAUGUCAGGUGGGGAGAAGUGCAAGGAGAGAAGGAAAUGAGUCUGACUGGCUUUCUGUCCUGCACCACUGAUUCAAUGGAGACUGGAAGGAGGGAAUGGAAGACAAGGGUUGGAAACAGCAUGUGGGGCAAAGGAUGGAAAGGAAAAGGCAGACAGCUAAUGCAUUUCGUUUAACAA